AUGCCUUCACUCAUGUCGUCGGAUGUUUUAGGCAGAAUCAGUGAACUAAGGAAAAGAUACGGUGAUGUUUUUGCACUGUAUAUCGGUGGACGACUGACAAUAUUUCUUAAUGGAUUUGAAACAAUCAAUGAUGCUUUCAAGAAGCAGGGGUCGUUGUUCAAAAGAAGACCCGUUUCUCCUCUUUCUGAUGAUAAAGGGAUUAUAUUUACUAACGAUGAAACCUGGAAAGAACAACGUGGGUUUGCACAAAAAGCGUUGCAUGAAAUUGGAUUUGGUGUAAACAGUAGAUAUUUAGACGAAGUUAUUAACUCUGAAAUUACUGAGUUUAUAAAAAAGAUUAGUUUGAAGGACAGUGCUAUUGAUAUUAAAAAGUAUCUUAAUGUAGGCAUUUCUAACGUGAUUUUAAAACUAGUUUGUAGUCACAGGUACGAUACUGAUGACCUCGAAAUUGACAAUUUCCUUACACGCUUGAGAGUGUCGGCUAACAAAUUCUUUAUUCGGGAGGCCAUUCUCAGCUGUUUUCCUUUUCUCUCACGUUUUCCUAAAUUGAAGUUAACUAUAAUAAGAUUUUUCGAAAACCAGACAAUUUUUAUUGAUAAGUGUAUUGCGAAGGGGAGGGAAAACCGAAAUUCAGAAACAAGAAACUUUGUUCAAAUGUUUUAUGAAAAGGUACAUGAAAACUUAAUAGGAGGGCUACAGAACAGUUUUGAUCACGAGAACAUAAGUAUUUCAGUAUAUCAGCUUUUAGCGGCUGGAAGUGAAACCACCGCAGGAUCAGUUAUGUGGAUACUGCUACAUUUGAUCCGAAAUCCGCACAUCCAAGAUAAAAUGGCUGCUGAAAUGGAUGACAUUUUAGGAUCAGAUGGGCUUACCAUUAGCGACAGAAAGCGUUUACCCUAUACGCAUUCUGUAAUGUUAGAGGGUCUCCGAAUCGCUUGUGUAGCCCCGCUAGGCAUCCCACACACUGUCGCAGAAGAUGUAAUGUUUCAUGGAUUUCUCAUCCCGAAACACUGCAGCGUUUUGGCAAACCUUUCGUCAAGCUUAAAAGAUCCACAUGUUUGGAAGGAACCGGACGAAUUUCGCCCGGAUCGCUUUUUAAGCGAAGAUAGGGAAAGUGUUAUUGUUCCAAAGGAGUUUAUCCCAUUUUCGUUGGGACCAAGGUCUUGUUUAGGUGAAACUCUUGCAAGAAAUGAAGUAUUUCUUUACGUAGCUAGUAUUGUAAGGAAGUUCAAGCUGUGUCCCGAGAAUGAUGGUUUUCUACCAGAAAGCCGAGGAGUUUUUGGUGUUACAUAUCACCCAGUACCAUUUAAAAUGAGAUUGAUACCACGUUAA